UUGAACCGAAGAGACAGGCUUCUUCUUCUUCGUCGUCGUCGUCGUCUUCUUCUUCUUCUGUGUACAUACAUAUCUUCAUUUUAUAGAGAGAGCAAGAGACCGAAACAGAGAGGAAGAGAGAUCAGAAGAAAUAGAAGAAGAAACGAAAUCGUGAAAAGGGGGAAAUUAUAGAAGAAAUUGAAAUUACCCAGAAGGAAACGUUUAAAUGCGUGCAUAGAUAUAGAUACAUAUUCUCCGGGAGUUCUAUAUACGUUUCAUCGACUGCGUAGCUCUCAGUUUUUCGUUCUCUGAGAGUUGGGAUUUUUCCCGUCGAUUUUUUCCCCCCUCUAGAUCUUUGGGUGGAAACAAACAAGCUCGCGUAGACGAAAAAUUUCAGGUUUCGACCGGUUCUAAGUGGAAUUUUCUCGUUUUAGCUGAAGAAACUUAUUCCUCCAGAUUUGAACAGUGUGUUGAAGAAUAUUUGAGGUUGAGGUGUUGCAGUAUGCAAUAAACGUUGCUUUUUAUGAGAUGAAGGCAAUUAAGGGGUGGCGUCUAGGUAGAACCAAUUAUAUGCAGUCUUUGCCUGGGGCUCGCCACCGUGCUCCGACAAGGAAGCCAGUAUGGAUCAUCGCAUUGGUUUCGUUGAUAACAAUGUUUGUGAUUGGUGCUUACAUGUUCCCUCAUCACAGAAAAGCUGCUUGUUAUAUGUUUUCUUCUAAAGGAUGCAAAGGGCUUACUGAUUGGCUUCCACCCUCGCCGAGGGAAUUUUCGGAUGACGAGAUUGCUGCUCGUGUAGUGAUUAGUGAAAUACUGAACUCCCCUCGUGUUAUAAAAAAGAGUUCUAAAAUUGCAUUUAUGUUCUUAACUCCGGGUACAUUGCCUUUUGAAAAGCUCUGGGACCUCUUUUUCCAGGGCCAUGAGGGGAAAUUUUCUGUGUACAUCCAUGCAUCAAAGGAUACGCCGGUUCACACCAGUCGUUACUUUGUAAACCGUGAAAUUCGAAGUGAUGAGGUGGUCUGGGGUAGAAUUUCAAUGAUUGACGCCGAGAGACGUUUGUUGACCAAUGCUCUUAGAGAUCCUGAAAAUCAGCAAUUUGUUUUACUCUCUGAUAGUUGUGUGCCACUUAGAAGUUUUGAAUACAUGUACAACUAUAUGAUGUACAGCAACGUCAGCUAUGUUGACUGCUUUGACGAUCCUGGUCCACAUGGAACCGGCAGGCAUAUGGAUCACAUGUUGCCGGAGAUUCCAAAGGAAGAUUUUCGAAAGGGUGCACAGUGGUUCUCCAUGAAGCGUCAGCAUGCUGUCAUAACUAUGGCAGACAGUCUAUACUACUCCAAAUUCCGAGACUACUGUGGGCCAGGUAUAGAGGGCAAUAAGAACUGCAUCGCGGAUGAACACUACUUGCCAACAUUUUUCUAUAUGCUUGACCCUGGUGGUAUUGCUAACUGGACUGUGACAUAUGUUGAUUGGUCUGAGAAAAAGUGGCAUCCAAGAACAUACAUGCCCGAAGAUAUUACGCACAAGUUACUGAAGAACCUCACGUCCAUUGACGCAGUUUCACGCGUAACAAGUGAGGGAACGGGUGAAGUAACAUGGGUACCUUGCAUGUGGAACGGAAUCAAAAGACCUUGCUAUCUCUUUGGAAGGAAAUUCCACGCAAGUACUCUCGAUAAACUGAUCAACCUCUUUUCAAACUACACAAUCAUCUCAUAAACCAGGCUUUUGGAUUGAUCGAUGAAAUACAAUGCAAAGGAGGUAUUCUUUUGGACUCGGAUUCUUUGACCAACGUCCCAUCAUACUCUAAGGAAUCAAAGUAAAACUUGAGAGGAAAUAUCAUGGAAUCCAUAGAAGAUGUAACUCGCUGCAAAAGUCCAUUUAAGUGCAGAGAAAAAAUUGUUGUGAUCUUGAGAAGCAUAGGAAGUUUUUGGAGGUUUUCCCUUUGCUUGGGGACGUUGGGACAUUUUUUAACUCAUCUGUUUUCUGUUUAUAGAAUUUUCAGAGUGCCUUUUGUUUCUCUCUUUUUGGUGGAACUCUUUUGUUGGAAUUGGUAAUGAAUCUAUAAAAAUAGAAAAGACAGAGGUUUAUAGUAUACAGUUUUAA